AUGCCCCCUGCAACGUCCCGAAUUCUUCUGCGCGAACUUGUUCCUGGACCUUCACGCCGCGCAUCUGCAUACGUGCUUUCUAUGAGGAAUCUGUCGACGUGUUCGUCAUCUCGCCCUGCCCAUUCUGCCCUUCCCCGCUCCCUGCCCACACUAGCCCCGCAUACACCCCGAAGGACGCUCGCGACGACCGCCGUCAGACACGCUGCUGUCGCGCAGAAACUGAGAUCCGCACGCACACUGGUGGUCGCAGCCCCGUCCCAGGAUGCACUGGCCCAGGAAGAGGACGAAGACGAGCCGGACGUAGAGCUCGUGUCUCCGGGAGACGUUACGAUACAAUUGUCGGAUAGGGCAGCCGAGAAACUGCGAGCUGUGGCAGAGCGGGACGGCGCACAAGCUGGUCUACGACUCGCAGUAGACAGUGGAGGGUGUCACGGCUACCAGUAUAGAAUGGAACUCGCGAAGAGGCCGCAACCUGAUGACUAUCGUCUAUCGCAUCCGCGCAUUCAACCGUCCAACGUGUACGUCGACGCGGUAUCAAUGACCCUAGUCAAUGGGGCGACUGUUGACUAUGCAACGGAGCUCAUCGGAAGCAGCUUCAGGGUGCUGGAAAACCCACAGGCGAAGGGAAGCGGAUGCGGAUGCGGAGUAAGCUGGGAGCUCAACGUGUGA